AUGAGUGGGACGUACAAGGAUCCCAAGGGUAAAGGCCUUGAAGAAGAGGAAGACAUUGAUGAUAAUCAGGAUGUUAGAACAUUGCUUGGUGAUCAGGCUGCUCAUUUGACAUAUAUGAGAGAUGAAGGUGUAUUGGAAGGAAGCACAAUAGCUGAUGGUGAUGAGUUUUUAAAAGUUGGCGCACAAAAUCAUCAUAGAUCACCAUCAAAUGAUCAUCAUUUGAAGACACAAAUAUCACAGCUUCAAUACAAUAAUAAUAGAAUUGCGUUAGACAGAUCGAUCCAAACUACUGUUCAAAUUUUGGGUGAAUUACAAGUUGAGAAUAAAGAAAGACCAUUAUUUUAUCCAUCACACGAUUUACCUGAUGAGCUGUUAAACAGCAGAAAGGCACAUUUAGCAUUGAUCAGGAAGAAUUCAAUACAAUCAGUUAAAUCCAUCCAGAAGCAAGUUGAAGAAAUGUCUAAUGAAGAUUCUCCAGAGUUGAAAAUUUUAAAGUUAAAUAUUAAGUUAGAUAACAAUCAAAUAUCCAAAUUAGAUAAAUCUGCUAUUGGUCAACUAUUGGAUGAAAAGAUCUUUCAAAUUAGUAAACAUUUGUUAUCACUAAAGGAAAGAAUUGAUGAUACAUCUUCAAAAGUUUUUGUUACUGGUGAUUUGAACUCAGGGAAAUCAACAUUCUGUAAUGCUUUGUUAAGAAGAAAAGUAUUACCCGAAGAUCAACAACCAUGUACAUCUGUCUUCUGUGAAGUUAUUGAUGCUAGAGAGAACAGUGGGCUAGAAGAAGUACACGCUGUUACUAUUGGUAACACCUACAAUAUCAAAGAUGAAAGCACAUAUAAGAUCUAUCCAUUGAAAGAACUUGAAGAUUUGGUGUCUGAAUGUGAUAAAUUUUCUAUUUUGAAAGUUUACGUUAAUGAUAGAAGAACAGUAGAUCAAAGUUUACUCAGAAACGGUGUUGUUGAUAUUGCCCUCAUUGAUGCACCAGGUUUAAAUCUUGAUUCUUAUCAAACUACUGAAGUCUUCUCAAGACAGGAAGAGAUUGAUUUGGUGGUUUUUGUUGUUAGCGCAGAGAAUCAUUUUACACUUUCAGCAAAGGAAUUUAUCGCAGCAGCUGCCAAUGAAAAAAAGUUGAUUUUCAUUGUAGUUAAUAGAUUUGACAAUAUCAAGGACAAGAAUAAGUGUAUGACAAGAAUUCUAGAUCAAGUUCAAAGAUUAUCACCUGAUACCCAUAAAGAUGCUAGAGACUUUGUUCAUUUUGUCUCUUCUGGUGACGUUGUUGAUCAUUUACCAAAUGAUAACGGCGAGGAUCCUGGUGUUGGUGGAAGUGGAGAUGGAGAUGGAAACGGUGACAACAAUCCAGAUGAUAGAAUACAUCCGGACUUCGAUCAUUUGGAAAGCAGUUUACGGGAUUUCGUUUUACAAAAAAGAGCUCUUUCAAAAUUACAACCUGCUAAAACGUACAUUACCAAGUUAUUAAGUGACAUUGAGACAUUAUCUUCGAUAAACCAAAGAAUGUAUUUGAACGAUAAGGAUGAAAUGACUACAAAACUUAAUGAAAUCUCACCUGCAUAUGAAGAUAGUUUGGUUAAAAGCGUGAAAGUGAAUGAGAAGAUUGAAAGUGUUAUAGAGAAAACUUCUCAAUUGGUCUAUGACAUCACAAAGGAUAAUAUCAACACCACACUUGACAAUGUUGGUGAUCAUCCAAUAGUCCCAUACUAUGGUAUCUUGAAUCUUGUUGAUUAUACGAUUGAUACACAACGAGAAAUCACAAAGAAAAUUCUUGAUUCAGUUAGUGCAAGUGAAGAAUUUGCUCGUAACAAAACCAGUGAAGGUAUUGAAACCAUAAGAAAGUAUGGUAAAGAUGCUUUAGGUGAAGAGUAUAACAACGAGAAGAUAUUCAAGGCCGAGUUUAUGUUCAGCAGACGGAAAGAUACCAUUAGCAGAAAUCUUAAUGACAAUAUUGAAAUUUCUGAUUUCUUUGAUCCAUCUUUCGAAAGUUUCUUGACCGUUUUCAACUUUGAUUCUAAAAUAAAAGAGCAGGCUUUAGUCUGGAAAGAUUCUGCUUACUCUGUUGGAUUAUAUGCUGCUUCUGGUGCUUUGACAACUGGUUCUUUGAUUAAAGGUGUUUUCCAUUAUGGUUCGUUCUUUUCAUUCAAAACAUUGCGUUAUUUGGUUUUACCAGUUUCAAUUGGUGUCGGAUUGGUCUCUUUAACAUACUUGAUUCUUGAUAUUCCAAGAGCUUUACCAAGAAAGUUGGCAAAGAAGAUUAAACGUCAAGUUAAAGAAUUAGAGUAUCCUCAUCAAAAUGCAAGCAGAAUAUCCAAAGAAUGCCGUAAAGUAUUGAAAUACCCAGCUAGAGAAGUUCAAAAUAGCUUUCAAACAUCUUUAGAUAAACAUGUUGUAAGAAAAGAAAAGAUUUUAAAAGCUAUUAAAGAUGCUGAUGUUGCUUCUGCUUUCUUCGGUAAAUUACUGAAAAGAUCUUUAGACCAAAAGAAGCUAGUGGAAAGUUUUGAUCUUGAAGCAAUUGCUACCGUUGAAUAA